AUGACCAAACCCAACACCUACACCAACCCUAUUCUUCCGGGAAGUCAUCCCGACCCCUCCAUCAUCCGCUCUGGCGAUAAUUACUUCCUCAUCACAUCUUCCUUUGAGUAUUUUCCCGGGAUACCCAUAUACCACAGCACUGAUUUGAUAUCAUGGAAACUCAUAUCCCAUGCCUUGACCCGUCGUUCCCAGCUUGAUAUUCGCACCCCUGAACCUGGAGGUGGAAUAUGGGCCCCGACUAUUAGGGAGCAUGAAGGUUGGUUUUAUAUUACAGCAGCGUGUUUUGAUAGGUAUAGACCGCAAGAAGAUCAGAGAGUUUGGCCAAGAGGUUUUUAUGUUAAGUGUAAAGCGGAAGGUGUUUUUGGGGGUGAGUGGAGCGAACCAAUUUGGUUUGAUGAAGUGGGGUUUGAUCAAGAUCUGUUUUUUGACGAUGACGGAAAAGUCUAUUUAUCAACCACCAGACGCAAGCAUGAGCGUACAAUUGAAAAACCCCUCAAAGAUUUUGCCAUCCAUAUCACUACUAUUGAUAUUUCCACUGGGGUUUCUACAUCUGUUCCCCGGGUGAUUCGCUCUUCCCCGUCGGGUAUUGCAGAAGGAUCCCAUAUUUUCAAGAGAGGGAAGUUCUACUAUCUAUUUACUGCUGAAGGCGGCACCGAAUCAGGACAUUGUGAGUGGGUAUCACGAUCAUCAACUGGACCUUUCGGACCAUGGGAAAUUAUCAAUGCUCCAUUAUGGAAAAUCGGAGUUGAAGGUGAUGAAGUGGUUAACACAGGUCAUAUUGAUAUUGUUGAGGACAAAGAAGGAAACUGGUGGGCAGUUCUGCUUGCAUGUCGGCCUAUAAUACUAGCUGAUGGAGUCAAAUCUUCAGUUUUUGGAAGAGAGACUUUUCUCGUACCUAUGACGUGGGAGGAUGACUGGCCUGUUGUAAACGAAGGCAAGAAAAUUACCCUUCAAGGCGAGGGUUCGGGAUUAUAUCAGAUACAGCAACCCGCCAAGUGGCGUGAUGAAUUUACGAGUCCAAAGUUACAACUUGGGUGGUAUCGAAAAAAUACUCCUCAAAAACAAGAUUUCGAGAUAACGACCAAUCCAUCUAGCUUACGAUUAUUUGGAAGUCCAUACACACUCGGCAGUCCAGCUUGCCCUACUGUCUUCCUCCGCAAACAAACAUCUCGCAUGGGAGUUUGGUCUACUCGACUCUCCUUCAAUCCUACGUCUGCCCAUAUGGAAGCAGGGACUGUAGUAUACUGGAACCAUUUGACUUACGCCCACAUCGGAAUCAAAGGCAGUCCACAAGAAUCCCGCAAACAAGUAAUCACUCAAAUCCUCAUUAACGGUCAAGCCAAAGGUCACAGCAUCAAAGAGCUAAAAACCAAAGGCGAUGUAACGCUGUACAUCUGGUGUACAGACGAAGGAUACAAAUUAGGCUUUAAACCGUGCGAUGAACCCAACGAAAAAGCCAUACAAUGGAUGGGCGAAACAAUAGUUGAGGAAAUAACGGCCGAUCCGCCCAUAGGCGCUGCAUUUACAGGAAUGAUGCUCGGAGUCUACGCGACUGGGAAUGGGGAUUCGGGUACCGUACCUGCAGAUUUCAGCUUCGUGGAGUUUGAUACCCUGUUCAAGCCUGAUCCUCCGAUUGACGGGGACAAAUGUGCUCUAGAGUAUUUAAUUGCGGACAAGUGA